CUGAUACACCGUCACAAGAUGUUUUGGCUCAGGUAGGCAGGCUGUCAUGUCACAAGUGAGCUGGCGCCUUUUCUGUCGCUGGCUGUUUGACUCAAAGCUCCCGCCAUCGUUCUUGGGAUUGACUGCCAGGACCUGGUUCUGAACCCUGGCUCCUGUUGGCUUGGUGCUUGGCUUGGCUUCUGGUCUUGGCUAGGUCGGUUUCUGCUGCAAGACCCCCUGUCCUGGCUCCUGGGCUCGUCAUUGACCCCUGGUGCCGCUUCGACCCAAACAGAACCAGGAUGUGCCUGUCUCGUCGCCCAUCAGGUCCCGCCUGUCGGUCGACGGCGCGGGAGGGGAGAUCUCGUUGUUAUGACGCUCUGCAGAGAGAUCGUGAUGAGUUGAGAGACGAGGCAAGAUGGAGAGGGAGGGGAUGGAGGAGCCAGGUGAGAUCGUCGCUGUUUGCUUAGUAGAGCGGUUAUCGAAACGAAUCGACGGGAGCCAUUCAGAUGAUGACAGUAGCGCUUUCCAUUACUUCUACAACGGCUUCAUCCACGAAUAGGGACUUCGGUAGUGAAUCACAGCGCGCUGUAAGGUAAGCAGGCGUACAUUGGCAAUGCAGUCCAGGCCAGUCAAUAGGAUCCUUCCUGUGCGUCACGUCACUAUUCAACUGUACCUGUCGAUUUUAUCUAUCCCUCCGACCUUACCUUAUCCUUGAUCUCUUUCCUCGAACCCAUCCCCUGGAUCAUUUUCUCCUCCACAUCAUCCAUAGCUUCUCUCACUCUAUUCUCAUCCUCUCCCGUCAUUUUAUCUACACUCUCUCACGGGGAAUAAGCUCUUCUAUUUUUGGGAAGCUUGUUCACACGUCACGGGUAGUGAGUGAUCUUGGAUUCCCGUCCUCUUCAUUUCCACAAAGGAAACCAUCGCGGCUCGUCAUUAAUCAUUAAUUUUUGUGAAACUCUGGCUCAAGAGCCGGACAGUACGGGACGGGGCUUGGUACAGGAAAAAAAGGAACAGGCCCCCAAAAAGACCGCAACAGCAAGGUACCCGAACCUAACCAAAGUGGUGCCCCAUUUUAAACAGCAAGGGCGAUUUCGGUUGGUUCAAGCUCUACUUUUCGACCCCAUUUGCUCCUUUCUAGGUUCUGCCCCAGUCCCAGUCUCGUGGGUGUCUGUUCUUUUUGAGGCAGUCAGCCAGACAGUCAUUGAAUUGAGUGAGCGAGUGGUGCCAGAAUCACAAACCGACGCCUCUGGCACGGGCUCCAAAUCGGGCCCGCCCCCCUUCUUCAGUGCGACAAGCUCCUUCCAGCACCAGCGAUAGCGCUCUGCUUAGCUGUCUACAGCCGCAAUUACAGCAGCAGCACAGAGCUACACAGACCAAUUUUGUCGCACCCCCUAAACACCACGAUCAAAACACAAAAGGCACACAAAACAUCAAAAGGCGAUCAUUAAUUAGUCGGAGAAAUAUCCUGGCUGCACUACACGCCCCUUUCCCUUUCUGAUCUCUGCCCCAUCAGCAUCGUUCCGUCUUCUCUCCCCCCAUCAGCCAUUGAUCUCUCAUCUACGGAUACUGUGCUUGUACCGAACGGACCUGGGAUCAAGACCCAGGACCCAGUGUCUAGGAAGACUCCAGCACCCCUAGUCUAGCUUCUUCCUCACUCCCACUCCUACGAGAAAGAGACUCCCUGUACCUGACUGAGCAAGCCUGUACCAACGCUUGUCGCUGUCGCCGCGGCCUGCGCCUACUCCUACACUACCCUCCCCAUCCCCCAUCAUCUUCCAUCCUUUCCCGUCGUCUCUUCACAACUCCAAGCUAACCGUCACCAACCUUUUCUUCUUUCGUUUCUCUCCUGUUUCUUUUGCUUCAUAUCCACUCUCGCUCAAAGGUCUUGGGACCUUAGACUCUCGCUUUUGUCCUUCGUUGUUUAAUCGUUCCCGAAAUCUGACGGAACCAACUCAUUCGCUACCAACCCCGUAUCAUCAGCUCAUCAUCCAUCGACUUCAACCACAUUCGCUUCAACAACCGCGUUAUAUCCAACCCAAAUUCUAAAACCAGCUGACGAAACUCGAAUAUCAUCGUAUUGCUCAUCCUGAUUCACGUCGAAAUUUCCGAUUUUCCCUCCAUGUGAGCGGAGCCCAUGGACCCGAGACAGAACCAGAAUCAGCGACAGACCUCAAGUCAGACCAGCAGCCCCCAACAAUAUUUCGAUUUCCAACAGCACAGCAUGUCGCAGCAACCGAGUCCUUCGCCCCAGCAGUCUCACGACGCGAACCCUCAGGAUGUCCUCGCCGAGGCCCGUAAGAACCUCCAGGUCCUGAUUGACUCAGGCAUGUCCAAGGAGCUUCUACAUCAGCUGGUCGACGGUGGCCAUGGCCUCAGCUUGAACCUCAGCGCGAUGACAGCCAUGCAAGCCAUGCCUACGAUUCCUUCUCAACCUCAGCAGACUCCUUUUAGCCAGCAACCUCCCAACCCGAGUCAAACGGCCCCUACUGCGUCGCUCGCUCCUCCACCACCGAUGCGAUGCCCUCCUCCGCCUCCUGUUGCCUCCAAUGGCCCUAGUAUCCAGACCGUGACGACGACUCCGAAUAGCAUUUCAUCCACUGCCACGACCCCUUCAGCUGAGAUCAAGCACGAAAUCAUUUCCGAGGACAUGAACUUUCCCAACCCAGCCAUGUUUCUUCCCCCGCAAGCUGCAUUCAGCCAUCGCCCUCGCAUCUCCGUUUCCUCGACGAGUUCUGGUUCUUCUGGGCAUGCUUCCAUCUGGUCGACCAAUUCGGGACAGUCUUCGAUGUCUUGGCAGUCCGCUUCUACUUGCAACCGAUCGCAGGCGCCGCUCCCUAUUCCUCCUUCCAGCUCUUUGAACGGACUCGGUCCCAUGAGUGCCCCGGUCGGCACAGCUGGUAAGACCAACAUUUAUUGGUGCACCUCGUGUGAGACCAGCUUCAAGCGCAAGUAUGACUGGAAGCGCCACGAGGAUGAGUUUCACGAGCGCUGGCGCAAGUAUCCUUGUCCCGAGCCUGGAUGUAACCGCAGCUUCUGGGGAUCCAACUCGUUCAACCAGCAUCACAAGCAGUGUCACGGAUGCAAGACUUGCCCUCACGCCGAGAAGGUGGUCAAGUUCCUCCGAAAGCGCAAGUACUGGGCUUGCGGCUUCUGCUCUGCCCUUCACCCUGCCCGCGAGCGCCACGUCGAACACGUUGCUCGACACUUCGAGUCGGGUAUGACAAAGGGUGACUGGAUGCAUUCUCGUGUUGUAUACGGUCUCCUCCACCAGCCUCUGAUCCACGAGGCUUGGGAUGCAUUGGUUGUGAGCAAGCAGGCCGAGUACAAUGGCCGACGACCCCAGUUCAGUUGGCACCCAAGCAAGACUGGCCGUGCCCAAGGUUUCCUCGAGAACGAGAACCCCGGCCAACUCCAGGAUCUGCUCGAGUUCUUCUCCGGGGAUGAAGGUGAAGCUCAGUGGAUUGUCAGCGUUGCGUACGACCUGGCCGAUAUUGUUCUUACCUCAGCACCAAUCCCCUCUCCGCAGUACUCACAUGCCAGUCUUGGACCCCAGGGCUUUACACACGACCCUCGAAUGUCGUUUAUGCCACUGCCUACCCAGGGCCACGGAGGGCAUCAGUCUCUGAUGCCUUCACCUGAUCCUCAACAGACCCAAUUCAACACGCCGUUCCGAAACACGAUAAUGGUGCCUUCUCAACAAUUCCCCUCACCCUCGAGACCGUCCCCAGACUCUUCGUCCCACUCACCAAUGGGACCUUCAACAUCGCCGUUGAUGCCGCCACCAGCGCCUUCUCCGCUCGAGAAGCGUGAGCUACCACCACCCCCUCACUCGCAGGGCCACGACGCUGGUGAGUCAAUGAUGGACUUUGAGUACUCGCCAGCACCGCCUGUUUUGUUUGACGACUGGGAGAGUCUCACAGGCUCUGUUGUCGAGCAGCCCGGCCAACAGCAUGACGGUGCUACAGGUGGCUGGGGCAUGGUGCAAUAUUUCAAUGACCCUCGCGUCACCUCAUGAGCUUAAGCUAGCCACACACACACACACACAACACAUUCUUUGACUUUUGGACAUUACUGAGCCAUCUGGUUUGCUUGCCCAGUUUUGGGUUCCCCACGUUUUCCUUGAAUCGAAUCAACAACAACCUUUGCGGACCUCCUGGUGUUCCUGCAAGCAUUUUCCUUUUUUGUUUUUCCUUAGUAGAUAAUGAUAAUACCCCUUCAUCGAGACGACAGGUGAGGGCAUCUGGGUUGUUUUUUUAUCUUGUCACGGCAGGCUGAAAGAAAUGUAUUGGGCUUCUCAUGUCCUGGUCCUGGAUCAAAAAGGUGGAGUUGGGUGAUGCAGCUGUCCUGUCGUCCUUUGUUUCCUUUUAUGUCAUUGAUGGAUGAGAAUACAUGGGAGUAACUUGGGUUGGUGGAUUGAAUAGGGACAAAAACCGGUGGUUGAGUGAGUUAGUGAGUGAGGAUGUGUACUGGCAUUGAAGUUGGUGCGCAUUUACAGCGACGCUGAAUAGCCAUAUGCUGUAAGAUAGGAUAGGAAGAGAAAGAAGCAAGAAAGGAAUAGAGAACCCGGAAGGGACGGAUUUGAAUGAAUGAGUGCGUCAGAGGCUGAAAUAUAUGGGAUUGAUUUGAGGAAUGUAGGGGAAAUGAGGUGGUGCCUGAGACAAUUGGGCUGGCAUGUACCUUGUGCAGGGCUUUGGCUAGGGAGAUGUAUGUCUUGGAUCUAUUUGGGUGCAUGUAGAUAUAGUCACGAGUUACGAUGCGUUGAGCUGUAAUACACAUUGAGUUUUACUUUGAUCUUGAA